AUGAAUGCGGAUGAAGGCGAGCGGCGUCGAAAACGCUCUCGAAAGUCGCGCGGCACGGGGCUUCGGACCACCACCGGCUGCUUGACCUGUCGCAAGCGACACAAAAAAUGCGACGAAAAGCGCCCCGCGUGUGGCCCCUGCUCUGUCUCGGAUCGCCGCUGCAUAUUUCCCCGGGAUUCGGGUACCGCAUCGGCUUCGGAGACAUCGGCCCAGUGCAUGCCAAGAGGAAACUCGAGCCAGGAGCAUCAGGAAGCCGAGCCGUCGCCGACUCCGCCUACGCCUACGCCGCCUCGCGUCUCAGACGGCUUUGGCAGCCACAUUGGCCAGGCUUUGCCGACUGCUGAGGAGCAGCUCAACGUGCAGAGCGACGGUGGCUUCAUUUGCUCCCCGCAGUCCAUUUCUUCUCAGACGUGGUCGGCAAACUUUGCCUCGAUUCGCUGGCUGGACCUGCUGGCGAAUGACGCGGUACAGGCCGACAACAACUAUCCCCUGGCUACGGGGCUGUUACUUCCCGAUGGACAGACACGGGCUGCGGUUCCAGUGCAAAACAAUGCCCUUUUUGUGCAUGCUUCGCCUGCGCUACUGAAUGGCCAGGCCCAAUUGCCAGAGAACUUGGAUCCUGAAUUGGAGCGUACGGCAUGGCAAUCUGUCGGAGACGUGGUACUAUCCGCACACGAAGCCAGGCUAUUCCGUCACUUCGCCGACCGCUGCGCUUUGUGGUUAGAUGUUCUAGACCCGUAUAAGCUGUUUUCUAGCUACGCCAUACGUUUGGCGAUUCAAAAUACCGGGUUGAUGAAGGCCAUCUUGGCACUGUCUUCGAAGCAUCAGUACAGCGGCGUUGACGCUUCUGCCCGCCAGUUGCGCAUCGAUUCCGAUGGCGACUACGAAGAGGGCGAAUGGAUCCGCUACUACUACGAGACGCUUCAGUACGUGCGCGAAGCCCUCAAGUAUCCUAGCUAUUCUCACUCCGAAGAGCUUCUCGCGACUGCUCUCACGAUUUCCGUAUACGAGAUGCUUGACGAAUCUGAUGGCUCUGGUAACUGGCAGCGGCACCUUAAGGGAAUAUUUUGGAUACAACGGUCGCAAGAUGUGGAUGGUGGCUGUGGUGGUCUGCGCCAGUCAGUAUGGUGGGCUUGGCUUCGUCAAGACAUGUGGGCGGCCUUUCGUGAAUCACGAGCUUGCCUAAGCUUUUGGGUGCCCAACAAGGCCAUUCAUGAUCUGGACCAGAAUGAGCUGGCGGAUAGAGCCAUUUACAAUCUGUCGCAGGCCAUCAACUAUCGAGCGAAUGUACAAGCGGCGGCGGCGUCGCCGGACGGCGUGGACCACGCGAAGCUGAAUAAACAAAGACAUCACCUCAUCUCCAUGAUGGAGCAAUGGAAAUCUUGCCUAGGGGAUGAGUACAAAGUGUUGCCGACACCAAAGUCCGCGGCAGGCGAAGUAUUUACUCCUCUUUGGAUUCAUCCGCCCCGGUUUGGCGUCGCGCUGCAGGCACACAGCUUUGCGCAGCUUCUGUUGGCACUGCACGGUGCAAGCCCCAUGGCGGCGGGUUUUCACGGGUACUUGAAGAUGCAGAGAACUCUAUCCGAGGCAGUCAAUACGAUAUGCGGCAUCGCUCUGCAGCUUAAAGACGAGAGCUGCCAGGUCCUGUCGGCCCAGUGUCUGUAUGGGGCCGGACUCUGCGUGACUGAUGCGCAGAAGAGGGCCAAAAUUAUCACAUUAAUGGAGGAAUGUGAGAGGCGUGUCUGCUGGCCACCUAUGGCCACCUGGAGAGACGACUUACGUAGGGACUGGGAGAGAGCCGACGCGGACGAUUACAGCACGCGCGAUGACUGA